AAAGAGCUUUCAGACCUCAAAUAAUGCAAAGAAAAAAACAAGUUCAAAUGACGUUUGUGUGAAUUUAGCUCAUAUUUAAUUUAUUUUAAUUUAUAAAAGUCCUGGCCUGUUAAGAGGUAAAUUAAAAUAAUAAAAAAACUAUAUAUAUACAUAUGUUUUUGUUUUUCGUGUACAGGAAGCCGGAGGGCCUGUGUGAGAUUGGAUCUGGAUUUAUGGGGGAUGCAGAAGCAGCACUGUGUAUUAAAAUGUGUUGACUGAUGCCACCGCGUGCCCUCUGUGUUUGGCAUCUUAUUGUGGAAUGCCCGUCCUUGGGCGGCAGGUGUUUGGGGAGUGCAUGAAGUUUAUAAUCAUAAAAGCAGGACGCUUUUAUUAAACACGGCUUCUGCCAACAGCAGCUCUGUGGGAGCCGGCGGAGCUUCUGUCCAGUUCAGGAGUAUCCAGCACAGGAAUGCAGAUAGUUUACUACAGACUGCAGGAAGGAUUUCGCCAGGCUGCCAACUCUCUCUCUCACACACACACACACACACACACACACACACACAAACACACACUGGCACAAUACACUCCACUCUCCUGCUCUCAGAACACACUCCUCAUUACUGACUCAUUUAACCACCUCAGAUAUAUCAGGGAUAAAUUAUCUAUAUAUCUAUGUCUCUAUCUCUCUCUCUUUCUCUCUCUCUUUCUCUGUCUCUGCCUCUCUUUCUUUGCUUCUCUGCACCAUGGUAGUUUAUUUUGCAAACGUUGACCCUUUGGCCUCAUGUGAAGACACUGUUUGUACCAUCUAGUGGUCACAUGACAACAUUAUACUCCUUUACAGCGUCAACCAGCAGCUCAGUUGCGCCAUUAAAAUAGCAAUCCACCAAAGUCAGAGCUCACCUGGUUCUACUCUUAAAGGGAAUGAUGAGCAAGAGACACUCUGAAGUGAUCAUGUAGUGAAGGAAUCAUGUAGUAACUUAAAAACAGUGUUAAACAAACCAAAAUACUCUGUGAAGUAUUUACAGUAGAUGCUUUUAUCUGGGGAGCUGUUUGUUAACUUGUGGUUUCUGAGGCUGGUAACUCUGAUAAACUCAUCCUGUACAACAGAGGAAACUCUCGCUCUUCUAUCUUUUCCUGGGGCGGUCCUGAUGAGAGCCAGUUUUAUCCUUGUGCAUCCUUCUGAGACUAAACAUAAGGAUAUUCUUGAAAUUGACUUUAUUCAAAUAUUCACUAUUCACUGUGUCCCUGUAACUCUACCUCUUCACUACUUUUCCUGAACUGAUGCUCUCAAACACUUUAUUAAGAGGCAAGAAAUUCAAGUAAUUAACUCUUGAUGAGUUCAGCACAGCUGUUAACUGAAAGCCUGAAUUCCAGGAGACUCUACCUCAUAAAACUGACUGAGAAAAUCAAGCAGAGACUUGCAACUGAUCAUCUAAACAAGAGGAGGUACUUUUAUGUAAAAUUUAAAACAUGUUCUGGGGGUUUUAAUUCUUUUUUUAGUUUAAUAAAUUUUAUUUAUUUCUCUUUAUAGUUUGGAUGGUAAUUUAGUGGUUAUUUGAGUGUGUCCUCACAUCACCUGGGUUUGGAUCACAGUUUAUCACCUCUAGUGUAUCAUCCUCACAGUGCGUUACUGUGCUCUGUGUGGUCCCAUUAACCGUGUCCUGUGAGGGGGAAACUGUGAACUUUCUCAGUCCUUUCCUUUCUCUCUACUAUCUGUCCUCCCUCCUGCCAUCUCCCAGUUGUAAGACAUGAAAACAAUGCAGAGUAUUCCAAGGACAGACCUGCUGAACGUGUAGAUAAAGUGCAGGUUUCCCAGGCCGUCCAGAACAACAGCUUCCCCCGUCCUCCUCACAGAGCUCCCACUGGAUUUACUGACUGAGGAGCAUCUCUAACAGCCCUGCAUCACACUCACCUGCUGAAGAUCACUUUAUUACCUGCAGACAUGUCCUUCCUGCUGCUUCUGUCGGUUGUGCUGAUUGGCUCUCCUCUCGGGAAGACCUUCGUCCUUCAUCUGGAGGAACCAGCAGCGGCUCGGCCCUCACCUGCCAUCAGAACCAGCAGAUGCCAGGUUGAGUCUCUGCAGAGCAUCCAGAAGAUCCUCCUGAGCUCCUUAAACCUGCAGACCGAGCCCCAGCUGUCUGCUCCCGGGAUGAUUCGGGUCCGGGACCUGUGGAAAGGUUCAUUCCAAACCGAAUCCACUCAGCCCGGCGACGCGGAGAGCAGAGCAUUCUCUGAAAUUUCCGUCCCGAGGAACUCCUCAGUCCUGCAGUGCUGCACGCUGAGCUCUCAGAUCUUCAUUAAAGAUCUGGGCUGGGAAAACUGGAUCAUCCACCCGGAGAGCUUCACCUACGUCCAGUGCAGUGGGUGUGUCCCUCAGACGAACCAGAGCAUCCCUCACUGCAGGGGAGACGACCCACCCUCUGCACAGGAGCCAUGCUGCGAGCCCACCGCCAGCAUCAUCGUGCCCUUCCUCUACCUGGAUGAAACCAGCAGCAUCACCAUCACCUCCGUCUCCCUGACCAGCGAGUGUGGCUGCAGGUCCAGGAGCGACGCCCAGGACCCCGAACCCUGAGAAGACCAGCCCUGGCUCUGAGUUCCUGCCCUUUCCCAACACCGAGACUGAACUUCAUAACCCUGAUCACCUUCAUCUUGUAAUCACCGCUCACUGCUGCUGGGAGCUCAGUGAUGAAGAGCACUGUAAAUAUCACAGGAUCACACUCACACACACACACACACACAAUGUUCAGCAGGACUUUUAAACAUGAAGAAGUGUCCAAGAAGAACAAAACUAAGCAGAUCUUUUAUUCUACUUUAAAGAAAACCUUCUUCCCCUUUGAAACCCUGUAAAUGUUAUUGGAAAUGCUUUAAAAUAGAUAUAGAUAUAGAUCAUUACAGUUUAAAGAAGAGCCCUGAUGUUAGUUAAGAAAAACAACAUAUCCAACAUAGUUUUGAAGAUCCUCCAGUUAAAGUAAAGGUUCCAUGGAUUAUACAUAAAAUGGUAUAGGGUUAAAGGGCCUUACCAUAAUGCGAAGUUCCAAGGAACAGCCCUCAAACUUUCAGUUUUACAAGAACUUCUUGUAAAGCUUGAAGACUCUUCUACUGAUGUAAUGUGUGAGUUUCCCUCCUUUUCAGGACAAACCCUUAAACUGAUAUAGUUUUUAUAAGUUCUAGAUGGAACCAUUAAGCUGCUAGAGAAUCUUUCUUUAAAGUUGGAAAACCAAAAAUGUGUUUAAUUUGGUAGAAGACCAAAACAUUUGAUAAUUAAUACUUUAAUUUGGUAUAAAACCCCCUCUUAAUUCACUGUAAUGUUAACAUAGGCAGAACCCUUAAACUGUUCCAUAAUGUGUAUUUUUUAGGAGGUGCAUCACUGUUACACAAUGUUGAGGUUCUAGAAUAAGCCCUUAAACUAGUGUACACUGUUGAAGCCCGGAUAAGUUAAAUUUACUUUAAAAAAACUGAGGAAACCGGUUGCCAUAAAAAAGUUAAGUAAUGGAGAGUGAAAACUUGAGUUAGCAUAACUUAAAACAUCAAGUUAUUACAACUAAAGGGGAAGUUGAUUUAUUUGUAAGGUAGCGCAGGGGGAAUCACUACACACUGAUGGUGAGUGUCUGUCAGAAACUGUUGGACACACCCAGUAUGCAAAUAGAUUGGGCCAGAAGCCAAUAGAAAAGAAGCUGCUAAUGGAAACAGACUAAACUCAGUUAUUACAAGUUGGUUCAACUCAAAGAUCUCAGUUUGAAUAGUACAGUAUAUGAGCUCACACAUUUUCAAGACACUCAACAUAGUGGAGUAUUGUUUAGAAAUUAUCCAAUUUUAUGUAAAAACAGACUUAAAUCAUUUGAUUUCAAACAACGUAUGGGUUUACAGUGUAGAAGCUUUUAAUUAAAGAUAAAAGAAUCAAUCUCUUAAAAAGAAUACCCACUAAUGUCAACCAAAAACUGUUAAACUCUUCUUUUUCGCAGCUUUGCUAAAGAACCACGUUUUUGUGGCCCUUGUUUUUACAGAAAAGCUGCUAAGUUUUAAUGGAGGCCAUAUCUCAGAUCCCCCUCCAUCACUGAGCUCAUUCACCACACAAGUCAUGUUCAGCUCCGGAGCUGGAGCCUGGCAGGGAGCUGAGGUUCAGGCACAGAGUGUUCCUCACAGAAAUGUGAUCCGUGCAGCAGCUCUGUGCUGCCAGACUUUCCCAGGCUGGGCCUCUUUAGCUUCUUUCCAAUAAACAACAUUAUAAAAAAGUAACCCAGAGCUGCAGACAGGCGCAGGAUUUGCUCUUAGCCUCCAACACCCUCGUCCCACCUCCUGAGAAACAGAGGAAAAAUAACAUUUUCAGAAUCCUAAAUUUCCUUCGGGAUAAAUAAAGUAUCUAUCUAUCUAUCUAUCUAUCUAUCUAUCUAUCUAUCUAUCUAUCUAUCUAUCUAUCUAUCUAUCUAUCUAUCUAUCUAUCUAUCUAUCUAUCUAUCUAUCUAUCUAUCUAUCUAUCUAUCUAUCUAUCUAUCUAUCUAUCUAUCUAUCUAUCUAUCUAUCUAUCUAUCUAUCUAUCUAUCUAUCUAUCUAUCUAUCUAUAUUAUUGUGUCUUUAAAAGUUCUCAAAACUGUUCAACCCAUGUUGCUCCUGUGCUGAUUUAUUCAGAGUUAUUCAGAGUGGUGCAGAACACUGUCACUAUGCUUUUUACAAUAACUGCUUUUGUUUGGAUUAUAUAUUGUCCGAAAAAUUACUGCAAAAAACAAUAUUAUAGUUAUUUUAAGAUUUACAAAUUACAACCAAUUAAGCAGCAUUCAACCAAUGUUGUAGGAUAUUAAAUUUAAUAAGAGAUUAUAUUUGUGUUUUAGCAAUGGAAAUAUUUUGUUCCAUUUGCCACCACUGUAAACAACUCUGAGUUUAUUCUAAUGUUUUCUACAAUCUCAAUUGUCAAUCACUGUUUUGGGCAGAAUAGUAGCAUAAUUAACAUUACCGCUCUUUAAUGUUUAAUUGUUUAAUAUAUUUCUUAUUAUAUAUUAUAAUUCACAGACAAGUAUUAUAAUGCCUUGCUAAACAUUUAUAUCAUUUUUUCUUUUGUUAUAUAUCAGAUGUGAGUAUCAGCAUAACCUUUAAUCAUUAAAUAAAAGCUUGG